AUGAUAACGAGUGAAUCAGACAAACUUCUACUACAACAUCUAAAAAGUCUUCCGACAGAGGUAAGCCUACUAUAAUAUGAUAGAUUAUCGUAAAAUUUAAUAAGUUGCUUUCAAAAAAAACUAUUUUUUAAAUAAAUAAAGGGCUGAAAGGAAUAAAAUUAAUUUUAAAAAGCUUUCUAAAAAAUAUAAACCUAAAAUAUUAAAAUUUUUAUAAUAAAUUUCAAGUUAAAACGCAAUAUAUUGCCUAAUUUAUGUAAAUUUUCAGUUACAACACCAGAUAUUAUCCUACGUGACGCCAUUGGACAAUUAUCAAUUUCACAAACGGACAGGCACUUAUGUUUUGGACGAAGAGCGAAUGAGGAGAGAAGUUAUCAAGAAUAAGGUCCCCGAACAGUUGAACGCCGAGACUUGGGCAAAGACUUUUGAUGCGUAAGUAAUAAUAUUAUAAUUGGCUUGUUUUAUUAGAUUGUUACCUAAAUAAUGGGCUAUUUUCUUUUUAUUCUGGUUGAUAUUGUUUUUAGGUAACAACCAAUAUGAAGUUGAUUAAAAAAAAUUUAAAAUUUAAUAAAAAAAUGAUAAGAUAGGUUUGUUAACUUACGAAGACAAUAAUAAUGUAGCAUAAAUUCCAGUUUUGUGGAGAAGAUCAAAAAGCGCAGAGUAUACAGCAACGCCGAGAAUUCAUUUUCAGCGUUCUUCGAGAACGCUGAUGAUUCUGAGUACUUCCUUCGCGACAACUACCGAAUCACAGUCGAAAGCCAGCACUACGAAGACAAAGAUGGGCAUAUCCAACUAAUUGGCCGCGAUCUAUUGGACAUUGACGAUCAUGAAGAGGGAAUGAAUUUGAAGGUGGGGAGCGAGAAUUUGAAAGCUUUGAAUGAGGCUUGCACAUUGUCACGAACGUAUUCGCUGGUGAGUUUGAUUAAUUUUUGAAGAAUUGGAAUAAAAAUUAAAUUUAGAUAGUAAACACUAGUCUCGGGCGGUGUAAUUUUAGUCUGAAGGUGGUUGGAUAGAAGGAGGUCAAAGAUAAGAUAGCGAGUUUAGGAUGGAGUAGAGUAUAGUAGAGCAGAAUAGGGUACGGUAGGGUGAAGUAGGGUAAGUUAAGAUAAGGUAUGGUAAGUUAAGGAAGGUUAAGUAGGUCAGGGCAGUAAUUAGACUUUUUUCAUCAUUUAACAUUUAUUUUUUUUACAGCCAUUUCGAUGUAUAUAUGCAUUCAUUGACGCCAAGCUCGGGUUAUUGUACAGCCUGAGCAAUGCUGAAGAUCAUGUCACUUUGUACGUAAAAAACAUCAAUACAGACGAACCUGCGACAACUCACCUAAUUUCUGAAAACGUCCGCGACCGUCUGAAUGUAGCUUCCUUAGCUGCUGCUGGAGAUCACGUCUAUGUAUUCACUUCUAGUCUAGGCAAGCUAAACUAUGUGAAUCUGAGGUCCAACGUUUACUGUGAAGCUAGGUUCGAGGACAUGCGGGAGAGUGCGGUAAAUUACCUGUUUGUCAUGGGAAAUCAUAUUGUCAUAUACGAUGGAUUCAGGACGAAAAUGUGCUCGGUUGUGUGCAGUGGUACUGAUUACAGUAUUGAGUCGAAGACUAUUGAUCUUGAGGAGAAGAUGCAGGGUUUCUAUCGGGAAUAUAAUGAUUGUGUGCUCUACCUCGACGAAGAUGGCGAUGUUAGGGUGGGUUUUAGUUUUGCUAUAGUUAUAAUAGGAUCGGGGUGGGGGUUGAACUCGAUAGGGAAGUAUGUUCAAUGUUGAAAUGGCAGGGGGGUCGGGAGUGGUAAAAAGUUGGUUUUUAAAUUUACUGGGGCACUGACUUCUGGCUUGUCUAACUAAAAGUUGAAGCAUUCCCAUACUAUUAUUGUAAUCAUAAACUUCCUUACAGCUGAUCUAUGUGGACGACGAUAAAAUUGUGGACAAGAAGAUCCUCAGGUACAAGUCCAGAAUCUACGGCGUGCAUGUUGUUACUCCGCACAUCUUCAGGGUCGAUGCUGGUGACAUUUGCGACUUUUACUACUUGGACCAUCCAAAAGGUAAGAAAAGUUUUGAUAUGUUACUGUGAAUUGGCAAAUACUGAAAUUUGGGGGGAGGGGGAGGUGAAGACCAGAGUAUGCAUAAAGUGGGUCCUAGUAUGGAGCAGGAAGUUUUUUAGCUGUUUUUGGACGGGUGAUUUUUGCAUGAGAGCGGAAGUUUAAAAUGCUUUUUUGAUUUUUGAAGACUGGAGUACUGUAAUUUUUUUUAAAAUUUUUAAAUUUAUAUUCUAAAAUUGUCUUCAUAAAAUCAAUUUCAGACACUCCAAAGCUUGGUUUCCGCACCAACAGCGUUACUCAUUACGGUAUCUAA